AUAAAAACUGGUGGAUCCGAACAACGAUCAGAGUUCAAGGGGCUGAGGGCUCCAACUCAGUCUCUUCUGCCUCUCUCCAUCAUGAGGGGAAAGCAGCUGGCCGCACCAGUCUCUCUCUUACUGUUUCUGCUUCUUCCCAUAGAUGCCACAGCUACUGCAAAACCACAAUAUGUGGUGCUGGUCCCAUCAGAGCUCUACACAGGAGUUACUGAAAAGGCUUGUGUCAACCUCAACCACCUGAACGAGACUGUAACACUCAACAUAACACUGGAGAAUGGAGUGCAGCACAUAAACCUCCUCACAGGCCUGACUGUUGAGAAGGACUCCUUCCAUUGCAGCCCUUUCACGAUCUCAGAUUCGUUGCUGCCGCCCUCGGCAUCCAUUGCUGUGCAGAUAAAAGGGCCAACGCAGCACUUCAUAAAGAGGAAGUCAAUUCGGAUAGCCAAAGCUGAGAGCCUAGUCUUUGUCCAGACAGACAAACCAAUAUACAAACCAGGACAAACAGUGAAAUUCCGCGUUGUCUCUAUAGAUACCAAUUUUCGCCCACUGAAUGAAACGUUCCCCGUCAUUUAUAUUGAGAAUCCCAAGAGGAACCGAAUUUUUCAAUGGCAGCCUAUCAAUCUACAAGUAGGACUCCAUCAGCUCUCUUUCCCGCUGUCUGCUGAGCCAGCUCUAGGUACCUACAAGGUUGUGGUGCAGAAGAACUCAGGGAAGAAAAUAGAGCACCCCUUUGAAGUGAAGGAGUAUGUCUUACCCAAAUUUGAGGUGCAAGUAAAUGUGCCCAAGGCUAUUGCUUUCCUAGAAGAAGAAUUUGUUGUAUCUGCCUGUGGCUCAUACACAUAUGGAAAGCCUGUUCCUGGUCUGGUGACAAUUAGUGUGUGCAGAAAAUAUUCACAAUACCGCCCCAGAUGCUCUAGCCAAAACCCAGAAAGCAUCUGUGAAGAAUUCAGCAAGCAGGCCAAUGACAAAGGAUGUUUCAGACAAGUUAUAAAAACCAAAGUAUUCCAGCCAAGAUUAAGAGGCUACGACAUGAAAUUAGAAGUGGAAGCCAGAAUCAAAGAGGAAGGGACAGGAAUGGAACUAAGUGGUUAUGGAUCGUGUGAAAUCACCAGUACCUUAUCCAAACUGUCAUUUACUAAAUCGAGUAGACACUACAGGCCUGGGCUACCUUUGUUUGCACAGGUUCUUCUUCUUGAUGAGAAGGAUCAACCAAUGCCCAACAAAAAUGUAUCCGUCUAUGUGGGUCCAGCUAUGCAGCGGUUGCCCACUUACACUACUGACGAGCAUGGCUUGGCCAACAUUGUCAUUGAUACUUCCAACUUCACGUUUUCGUUCAUGAGAAUUGUGGCCAUAUACAAGGAGAACAGUCCCUGCUAUGAUAACUGGUGGCUUAGUGAACAUCACACACAGGCAGAUUAUUCUGCAUCUCAUAUCUUUUCCCCAAGCAAGAGUUAUAUUCAUCUUGAGCUUGUUUUUGGUACUUUGGCCUGUGAGCAAUCUCAGGAUAUUCGGAUACACUACAUCUUAAAUGAAGAUAUUCUGAGGGAUGAAAAAGCCUUAACCUUUCACUAUCUGAUCAAAGCAAGGGGGAGCAUCUACAACUCAGGAAGUCACGUGUUGUCACUUGAACAAGGAAACAUGAAAGGGGUGUCUUCCUUCCCGAUUCAAGUGGAGCCAGGCAUGGCUCCUGUGGCCCAGCUGCUCGUCUAUGCUAUUUUACCUAAUGAAGAAAUUGUCGCUGACACUCAGGAACUUGAGAUAGAAAACUGUUUUGCCAAUAAGGUGGAUUUGAGUUUCUCACCAGCGCAGAGCCUGCCAGCAUCCGAAGCCCACUUGAAGGUCACAGCCACGCCCCAGUCCCUCUGCGCCCUCAGGGCUGUAGACCAGAGCGUGCUGCUUCUGAAGCCCCAAGCUGAACUCUCGCCUAAAUCAAUCUAUAAUUUGCUGCCAGUAAAGGCUAACUCUGCUGCUUGGUUUGCCAUGCUAAGCCACGAUGAUGGUGAAAGCUGCAUCCGUUCAGAAGAGAUUACUCUUAACGGGAUUGUGUACGUACCAAAGCAGGCCAUGGGCGAGUACGACAUGAACAGCAUUUUUAAGGUAAUCUCUCUUGAAUCACACCAGAUGCCUCAAGGAAUGGCUAUGGUAGGAGCCACAAGAGGUGACGUUAUGAGAAUGACCUCCCAGGUGGACAGGGAAGAAAACCUUCAGGUUCUGACGGGGGAAGUAAAAGAGACUAUGCGGAAGUUCUUCCCGGAGACCUGGAUCUGGGACCUGGUGACAUUACCACAUGCUGGUUUUUGUUUUCCUGUCCUUUUUUCCCUCUACGACAGCAUAUCAGGUGGCCAUGAGUUGACGGUGAAGGUCCCCGACACCAUCACUGAGUGGAAGGCCAGUGCAUUCUGCUUGUCUGGAGCUACUGGCCUUGGUCUCUCCCCCACCAUCUCUCAUCAAGUCUUCCAGCCCUUCUUCCUGGAGCUCACCCUCCCCUACUCUGUGGUACGGGGAGAAGCCUUUACCCUCAAAGCCACAGUGCUCAAUUACAUGUCUCACUGCAUUCAGAUCCACAUGGACCUAGAGAUUUCUCCAGAUUUCCUGGCAGUCCCAGUACGGGGCCAUGAAGACUCUCACUGCAUCUGUGAAAAUAAGAGCAAAACCAUGUCCUGGACUGUAAUCCCAAAGUCAUUGGGGAAGGUGAACUUCACAGCUACUGCAGAAGCUUUUCAGUCUUCAAAAUUGUGCGGCAAUGAGGCAACAGACAUACCAGAAGCCCUCUUAAAGGACACUGUCGUAAAGCCUGUAAUAAUCGAGCCUGAAGGAAUUGAAAAGGAACAAACUGUCAACACACUGCUAUGUGCAGCAGAUGCUGAACUACAGGAGGAGUGGUCACUGACCCUUCCACCCAACGUGGUUGAAGGAUCUGCCAGGGCUACACAUUCUGUUUUGGGGGAUAUACUGGGCUCGGCAAUGCAAAACCUCCAGAAUCUUCUCCAGAUGCCCUACGGCUGCGGAGAACAAAACAUGGUUCUUUUUGUCCCCAACAUCUAUGUUCUGAACUAUCUGAACGAGACACAACAGCUGACAGAGGCGAUCAAGUCCAAAGCCACUAACUACCUCAUCAGUGGGUAUCAGAGGCAGCUGAACUAUCAGCACAGAGACGGCUCAUUCAGCACAUUUGGGGAUCGUGGCUGGAACAGCCAGGGAAAUACUUGGCUCACUGCAUUCGUGCUCAAGGCCUUUGCUCAAGCUCAGUCACACAUCUUUAUAGAGAAGACACACAUCACAAAUGCUUUCGACUGGCUCUCGAAGAAACAAAAGGAGAAUGGCUGUUUCCAACAGUCUGGAUCCCUGCUCAACAACGCGAUGAAGGGCGGUGUGGAUGAUGAAGUGACGCUCACUGCCUACAUCACCAUAGCUCUGCUGGAGUUUCCACUGCCUGUCACUCACAGUGUUGUCCGCAAUGCUCUAUUUUGCCUGGAAACAGCUUGGGCCUCCAUCUCAAAAAGCCAAGAAAGUCACGUCUAUACCAAGGCAUUGUUGGCCUAUGCCUAUGCCCUGGCAGGAAACCAAGACAAGCGAAGGGAGCUGCUUGAAUCACUAAACAAAGAAGCUGUAAAAGAAGAGAAUUCAAUCCACUGGAGACGUCCUGGGAGUGUUCAGGAAGUGAAGACACCCUAUUAUCAACCUCGGGCUCCUUCUGCUGAAGUGGAGAUGACAUCUUACGUGCUUCUUGCCUAUCUUACCACUUUGCCCUCCCCGACUUCAGAGGACCUGUCUUCAGCAUCCAAAAUUGUGAAAUGGAUCACCAAGCAACAAAACUCCCACGGAGGCUUCUCCUCCACUCAGGAUACAGUGGUGGCUCUCCAAGCCCUCUCCAAAUAUGGAGCAGCCACUUUUACAAAAAGCAAGAAGGAGGCAUGGGUCACCAUCAUGUCUUCAGGGACUGUCGUUAAGAAAUUCCACGUUCACAACGCCAACCGCCUGCUGCUGCAGGAAGUCAGGCUGCCAGAUCUUCCUGGAAAUUACAUCACCAAGGUGUCAGGGUCAGGAUGUGUGUACCUCCAGACAUCUCUAAAAUACAACAUCCACCCAAAAGCUGAAGGAAAAGCACCCUUCAAUCUUCAGGUCAAUACUCACCCCCUAAAUGUUGAUGGAGCAGAAGAUCAUAGAACAUUCCAGAUUCACAUCAAUGUAAGUUACACUGGAGAACGACCCAGCUCCAACAUGGUCAUUGUUGAUGUGAAGAUGGUGUCAGGCUUCAUACCUGUGAAGGCAUCUGUGAAAAAGCUCCAAAGCCAGAUGAACAUUCAAAGGACUGAAGUGAGCACCAACCAUGUUCUAAUCUACAUUGAAAAGCUAACCAAUCAAACCAUGAGUUUCUCCUUCCUGGUGGAACAAGACAUCCCAGUAAAGAACUUACAACCAGCCUCAAUUAAAGUCUAUGACUAUUAUGAGACAGAUGAAUUCGCCAUUGAAGAAUACAAGGCCCCUUUCAGUGCUGGCUCUGAACAAGGAAAUGCUUAAAAAGGAGGACAUGUA